GUUAGUACCUAGAUUUUGUUUACGAUAGCAAAUAUCUCAUACUAAAAAAUCUUUAAUCUGGUAAAUAAAUAGGUAUAUAGGUAAUCUUCAAUCAUGAUUCACGCAGUUCUUGUUUUCAAUAACUAUGGCAAACCACGUUUAUCAAAGUUUUAUCAGCAUUUUAGUGAACAACAGCAGCAGACAAUAAUUCAAGAAACAUUCCAAUUAAUAAGUAAACGUGAAGAUUGCACAUGUAAUUUUCUUGAACUUCCUUCGUCUUUUCUCAUGAAUGCUUCUUCAGAUUGCAAAUUAAUAUAUCGUCACUAUGCAACAUUGUACUUUGUAUUUUGCUGUGAUGAAAGCGAAUCUGAACUUGGAAUCUUAGACUUGAUUCAAGUCUUUGUUGAGACACUAGAUCGUUCAUUUUCAAAUGUAUGCGAACUCGAUUUGAUCUUUAAUAGCGAUGUUAUUCAUUUUAUUGUCAACGAGAUUGUACAAAGUGGAAUGGUUGUUCAAACAAAUAUGAAUGAAAUUCUUGCUCGAGUAGAGGAGCAAAAUAAGAUCUGUAAAGCGGAAUCAGGCAACGUUAGUGCAGCCAGUUCCAAAGCUGUUUCAGCUAUGAAAAAUAUCAAUCUCCCUCAACUUAAAGAUAAAGUUUUUGAUCUUCCGAACACUUUUAAAGAUUUGAAAUUUUGACCCAACGCCAAUAAUGUUUCAUUCAGAAAAGAGCUUUCUUCAGCGUAUUUGAAUGAUUCCUAUCAGACGACUCGAGGGUAUGCAAACAAAAAUAUCACUUUCAGCUCAAAAUAAUUUAAUUUUUACUAUAUAUAAAUAAAAAAAGUUAACUUGAAUAAAAAAUUGAUAAAUGCGUUAGAUAAUUGAAAA